GCCAGCCGGCCAGCGGGGAAGGGUGCGCAGAGGGAGGCGGGGCCGAAAAGCAAGAGGUGUCUCCUCCACCGGAGCCGCGGGAGACCCGAGCAGCUCAGUGACAGCACGUCGGCCGCCAUGUCAGCCGGUGGGGUUGGAGACGGACGCGGGGGCCCGCGGUAACCUGCCUUUCGCCUGCCAUUCCCAGUGAAAUAACCCAAGAGAAGAAGGAAAUCAAACGUCACUGAGAAUUCAGAGGUUAGAAAAUGAAAGUAGCAUUUUUUCUUUUUGAAAUUGUAGACAUGGAAGGACUUUAAUGAAACUUUAAAUGGUUCAACAAAGGAUGCUCUAAUGGAUGACAGCGAUACUCCUACAUGUGAUCUGCAGAUAGAACCACAAGCUGGGCAUCCUCCUGGUGACAGCGUGGAAAGGAGAGUAACACGUUUGCCUUCUGCAUCAGAUGAAAAUGAAAAUCAACUUGAUGGGGAUGGGCAUCUGAGCAGCGGUGACAGUGCAAUGGGGAAACCCGGAGUGUCUGAGCAGGACAGUCUUAACAACAAUGAAAGUUGCACAUUGAGCUGCGAGGCAGCUGCACGUGAGAACCCCGGAAACUCUCCUUGUGAAGACCCCAAAGAUGGACAGGCCAUCUUGGGAAAGGACCAAAAAAUACCUGGAAAAAGAAGUGCAAGAAACAAGAAAGGCACUGCUAAGAAGAUACCACCAGGACUUUCUACACCUUUAAUGCAAGAAAAGGUACUAAGUGCAGCUGCGCCUGCUGCUAGUGAUGAAGAGGCUGCUGAAGUAAAUGCUUAUGACCAACCAGAAGCCCCGAAGCUGGUUCUGCAAUCUCUGUUCUCACUUAUUCGAGGUGAAGUUGAGCAGCUGGACUCAAGAGCACUUCCACUCUGUCUUCAUCAGGUAGCAGAGUCCUAUUUCCAGGAGGAGGACUAUGAGAAAGCAAUGAAAUUCAUUCAGCUUGAACGAUUAUAUCAGGAACAAUUGCUUGCAAAUCUUUCUGCUAUUCAAGAACAGUGGGAAACAAAAUGGAAAACUGUACAACCACAUACAGUUCCGUCUCUAAGGAAUUCAGAAAAAAGAUUUAAUGGUGAAGAUUUUGAACGGCUUACUAAAAUUUGCACAACACAUCAAGAUCCUCUUUUAUCCAAACAUAAGAUAGCAGCUAUAGAAAAGUCCCUGGGAAGGAAAUGCCUUACUCAGUUAAUAGUGUCUGAAGAGCCAAAGGAAAGAGGAGCCACAGCCAAAGAGUCAGAGAGUGAAACUUGUCUUGGCAUGGAACCAAGUAAAGAAAGCCAACUUAAAGAAGCUCCUUGGGAGAGCGGUCGCUGCUGUCAUCAGACAGACGAGCAGGCAGAUUCCCCGAGCCUUCCGGCAACUGCAGGGCAAGACCACACGGAGGAGCCGCUCUGCAGUCCUGAAGCCGCACUGGAGCUCCACGCCCAGUCCUCAGAGACGGCAGGGAGCAGGUCUGGGCCAGACUCUUCCGAGAAUGCUUGUGAGCUGCAGCUGGCUCGAGAGGCUGGCCAAGAUGUGGCCAAGGUAGAGGGCGUUGCUGAAGACCCUAGGGUGUUACCUUCCAGCAAGUCCACGGAAGGCCCACUGAUUUUACCAGGCUGUGACUGUACACCUGUGUUGAUUUCUGAGGGUAAAUAUUCACAGACUCAAAGAAAAGAACUCCAGCUGCCGCUUCAGGGUGCUCCUGAGGUGUUGCCCACAGACCUACUUGAGAAGAAUGAAUUAAAUGAGCUGCAGCAACCUGAGCUCCCACACUGUGACGGAAAAUCACCACAGGGUCAGACUGACUCACAGGGCUCUGACGAUGUACUUUGUGAGAAGAAGAAUGUGUCUGACUUAAGAACACCGUUUCCAGAGGUGUAUAUGGCCCCAGAGGAAAAAGGAGAUAAGGACGACCAAAUUAAUAAAGAAACAGAAGACUAUUUGAACAGCCUUUUAGAAGGAUGCUUAAAAGAUACUGAAGAUUCCCUUUCAUAUGAAGAUAACCAGGAAGACGACUCUGAGCUCCUGCAAGACCUUUCUCCUGAAGAAGCGUCCUACAGUCUACAGGAGAAUCUCCCGUCUGAGGACAGCUGUCUUUCUCUUGAUGAUCUUGCCAAAAGGAUAGAGAUUGCAGAGGUUGUUCCUGCCGAAGGAUUGGUCUCUAUAUUAAAGAAGAGGACUGAUGCUGUAGGAGAUCAUCCUGCCCAAAUGCAACAGAAACCAGCUAAGCGAAGAGUGAGAUUCCAAGAAAUAGACGAUACCUUGGAUCAAGAUGAAGUUGGAGGUGGCUCCUGUAUUUUACUGCUCUUGCUGUGCAUAGCCACGGUUUUCCUUAGUGUUGGAGGAACCGCAUUAUACUGCACUUUUGGUGACAUGGAGUCACCUGUUUGUACAGACUUUGCAGACAACAUGGACUUCUAUUACACUAAGUUACUGCAGGGAAUGACAGAACUUAAACACUGGAUCUACCUCUCCUAGCAGCGUUCAGGAGGGACAGGCAUGCUGGCAGUAUGAAUGAAAGAUGUGAAACUUUCUAAACAGCUUUUAUUCCAGGAGUUCUGUAACAUUCCCCCCUCUCCCCAAUGAGAAACCAAGGACAUCAGAAGCAGCAACUUUAUAUGGCAGUCCAGAGGAGCUCUGUUAGAAUAAUGAGGCAAAUAUUGAUAGAAGCAUAAUGGAUGGAAGGAAUGAUCUUUGGAGAGCAUGGCCAUCUCCUCUUCUCUGCUUCCUACUGUACUGAGGUACACAGAGCAAAUUAAACAGGGCAGUCUUGGAACCACGCUGUUUUUAGCUACCUUGUCAAGCUAAUGGUUAAAGGACACUUUUGGUAUGUAUUUGUUGGUCCAUAAACAUUGCUUCCAGCCAUCACGCAAUAAGUUUGUAUGCAAUCAAAAAGAGUUACCUUACGGUUUCAAUGUCAUUUUUUAGUUAACCUUGGGAGCUAUGUAACUUAUAUGUAACUUAGGCUUUGUGCAUUAUUCCCGGAUUCUGUUCUCCAUUUGUGAAAUGGGUGUGUGCGUGUGUGUGCGGGUGUUUCAGGCAGUUAUCAUAAGCAAAUACACAACUUAGAAUAACAAAGAUUAUCUUUAUUCUUUUAACUUGACUAUCAUGUGCAGGCACAAAUCUUUGAAGGUUUAACUAUGGAAUAGAUGAAUUAUAGAAAUUUGGCCCUGAAAUGAGAAACUGUGACAGAUCUGUGGCAAUUAACUUGAUUAACUAGCCAGAAAUCAAUCACGUCCUGGAGGCAACAUUAAGGCACUCCCCCAAGUCACAGGCAACAGUUUCAUCAUGAAUUCAGUGCUUCCUGAAAUGAUUAAGGCUGGUCACUACACAAUUCAGCAAACACUUUUUAAGCACCUAUUAUGGUCUGAGAAUCUAAGAACCAGAAUGCAAACAUAAAUAAGAUAGAAUCCCUGCAAUAGAUGUUUUAAUUCUGGUCUUAUGUAAAAUAAACCAAUACUUUGGCAAGUGAAAUGCAAUUCAGUAUUAACAGAUCAUGCAUUCAGAUGUUUGACUGUGCAUUCUUAUCAUGGGCUUGAUUUAGACCCUAUCGUGGGGUCAUUAAACAAAAGUACAAUCAUACCUUAAAUAAGCAAAUGUCUAAUUUUUGUUUAAAUCUGUCAGCUAGGUGGCCUUUCUGUAUCUAAGGUACAAUGGUCUAACAUUUAGGAAGCCCUGCUUUGACUUUUUAUACCCUAAGUAGCAUUUUUAAAAAACAAACAUGAAUUACAGUUUAAGUGAUCAUUAUUUCCUGUUUUUCUGUUAGGAUCAUUUGAAAGAAAAAAGGAGAAAUUACUUUCUAGUUAUUACUGGCUGGUACAGUAUCUCCCUUUGUGUUUUUGCUUAUUUAUUUAGAUUAUGUGAAUUUUAAAGGGCUUUUUAUAUAAGUUGAGAGUGUGUCUCCGAGCAUGCAUUCGGUUAUUCCAAUGCUAGAUAUUUAAU